AUGGCCCGAAAUCAACCACCGACGAUGCUCUCCCUCCUCCUCUCCGCGGCCCUCGCAUCAGCCGCCCAACCCGGCGCCGCCCCCGCCGUCGCCGCCCCGAUGCGCGACCUGACCUGGGGCCAGCUCAACUUCCUCCACACGACCGACACCCACGGCUGGCACGGCGGCCACCUCCUCGAGCCGCAGUACUCCGCCGACUGGGGCGACUACGUCUCCUUCGCCGCCCACAUGCGCCGCAAGGCCGACGAGCGCGGCGCCGACCUCCUCGUCGUCGACACCGGCGACCGCGUCGAGGGCAACGGCCUCUACGACGCCUCCGCCCCCAAGGGCCUCUUCACCUACGACGUCUUCCGCGAGCAGACCGUCGACCUCAUCUGCACCGGCAACCACGAGCUCUACAUGGCCGACGCCGCCCAACGCGAGCACGACAUCACCGUCCCCAACUACAAAGAAAACUACAUCGCCUCCAACCUCGACUACAUCGACCCCAAGACCGGCGAGCGCGUGCCCCAGGCCCAGCGCUUCCGCCGCUUCAAGACCAAGAACCAAGGCCUCGACGUCAUCGCUCUCGGCUUCCUCUUCGACUUCACCGGCAACGCGAACAACACCGUCGUCCAGCCCGUCGAGGACACCCUCAAGGAGGAGUGGUUCACGAAGCUCAUCGGCGAGGAGAAGCCCGACCUCUUCGUCGUCAUCGGUCACGUCGGCUUGCGCAUGCCCGAGCUCAAGAAGAUCUACACCGCCCUGCGCAAGGAGAACUGGAGCGUGCCGAUUGCCAUCUUCGGCGGCCACGCCCACGUCCGCGACGCCCUCAGCUUCGACAAGGACGCCUUCGCCAUGGCGAGCGGCCGCUACUUUGAGACCAUCGGGUGGAUGUCCGUCGACAACAUCAAGAAGAGGUCCAAGAAGUCCGACGAGGUCUCCGCCGAGGCCGUCUCCUUCACGCGAAAGUACAUUGACAACAACCUGUACGGCCUGCACCACCACACCGGCCUCAACGAGACGACCUUCCCCACCGACCACGGCCGCAACGUCAGCGCCAUGAUCACAAAGGCCCGCAAGGCGCUUGACCUCGACUACAAGUACGGCUGCGCGCCCAAGGACCUGUGGAUGAACCGCGUCGAGUACCCGAGCGACGACAGCAUCUACACCUGGCUCGAGAAGGAGGUCCUGCCCGCCGUCAUCCACAACAAGGACCGCAAGGACGUGCCCCGCCUCGCCAUCGUCAACACGGGCGGCAUCCGCUUCGACAUCUUCAAGGGCGCCUUCACCAAGGACAGCACCUUCAUCGUUUCCCCCUUCACUAGCGGCUUCAAGUACAUCCCCGACGUCCCCUACGGCGUCGCCAAGCGCGUCCUCGAUCUGCUCAACCAGGCCGGCAAGAUCUUCGAGGCCGACACGCAGGACGCGCGCUUCAUGAACAUCCCCGAGAUGAUGUACCCUACAGGCGACAUCCUCAACGCCAUGAAGAAGGCCGACGCCGACCAGGAGCCCCGCCGCCUCGAGCUGCGUUCCGAGCAGCACCCCCUUGCCGACGACGAAAAGUCCAAGCCCGACCUCGUCAGCGGAUACACCACGAAGGACGACCUCGGCACCGACGGCGACGACACGGAGCACACCCCGAUCCCGUCCUUCCCCGUCCCCAACUGCAUCCAGACCGCCAUCGACUUCCCCAAGGAGGGCGAGCCGGAAAAGGUCGACCUCGUCUUCAUCGACUUCAUCCUGCAGUGGGUAAUUGUCGCCCUCAAGUUCAGCGGAGGUGACUACAGCGACAAGGACGUGCUGACGUACUCCGACGAGACGCUCACCUACAAGAUGGGCGAGUGGAUCAAGGAGAAUUGGAAGGGCGACUGCUGA